CUUUCCAAAUCAGCUGAAGUCUAGCCGUCCACUGUCCUCGCUGGCCGGCGGCUUACAUAUGAGAUCCACUUAGUGAUCGACCGAUCCAUACCACCUGCACUCAACCUGAGCUCACCAUGAUUGUCUGCGAAAAAUGCAUUGGCAUGGCACAGACGAAGCCGACAUAUCAGUACUCGUGGCAAGUGCCUGGCGGAGGGUGGGAGCGGUGUGAGAUUGACGGAUGCUGGGCGUAUAUGAGGAAGGGAGACGGUGUAGGGAGUGCAGGUAAGGGACUGUGGUUUAUGGUUCUUCUCGGCAUGUAAGUAG